AUGUGGUCUCAAACAAGGUAUGACCUGGCGGAGUGCUGGAACGAUCUUUUGGAUAUUUGGAUCCUGCUGGCCCGCGGUCUUGGUGAAUCGGUCAAGUUUCUGGCCGUAUGGCUCUGGCCGUCAGGCCCAAAUGAGAAAUGGCAAGACAAAAGUGUCAGUCAGCAAACGAGUCAGCAAACGGGUGGUGCCUCUCUCCGUGUCCCGUCAGCUACGCUCACUCCUAUGGAGGUGGGCAACCUCGAUUUCUGUCCUCUCUCACCUCUCACCAAGGCGGUCGCUGGUGACCAAAAUGUCAACAGUCUGCGUCAGGAGGCUCGCGGCGACUGA